AUGGAGACCUUCUCCCAGGACAGGUUCAGGGGUCUCUGGCUCAGUUUUGCUUCCCAGUCUCCACUUGCACUGCUCCUGGCUGUGUGGAAGACCCAGCAGGGAACAGGGGUGGGGGUGGCUUUGUGCUGGGGGACCACCUGGACCGAGCACCAGGUGCUGAUGGGCUGGCUCCGCCCCACGGGUCUUUCUCCUUGGCGGGUAAACGUCUUCCGUCUGGAUGUCCCUCCGACCUCAGGUCCGGUCUACUCUGGGAGUGACUCAGCCUCCCCGGUGAGUGAGUCAGCUCUGUGCCUCAAAGAGGGGAGGGCCUGGGACCCCUUGGGGAGAGCCAGUCCCUAUCCUGGGGGCCCCUCCCGAGUCUGCGAUGCUCAGCGUUCUCCUGUUGGGUGGAUUUUGUGGAGUUCAAGUCUCAGUUGA